AUGACGGCGACAGCGAAAGAGAUGAACCUUCAACUCCUCGCUUUUGAUGGCAACAAGUCGACCUUCGGCACGUGGGAAGUCAAGUUCAUGGGUCUACUCGACGAGCUCACAGCCAAGCACAAGAAGGAGUACCUCAACUCGAACGACAAGAUGCGUCCCGAGCCUCUCGCAGAGUACAAGGAGUGGCUUGAGACCGAGCCCGAGAUUCCAAAGAAGUACAGCGAGUCCAACAUCACGACGGUGACUCGACUGCUCAAGGAGUACGUCUCGGCGCCAACGAAGGAUUUCAAGAAGGUCGAAGAGCUUUACACCAAGAUGAACACGGACGCGGAGGAGCUGACGUCUCUACUCAUCCUCGGCGCACUUCCGGCGCAGUACUACGGCGGCCAGACGACAUUCGAUCCCGAGUCAUUUCGCCCGGCUGACGUGGAGCGCAAGAUGAUUGCGAUUUUUGGCGACAAGUCCAAGAAGGAGAUCAUGAGCCUCAACCCGGACAAGGAGCCCAACCGCGAGAAGUUCCAAGUCAACCAAAUCAACACCAAGAAGCGGAAGGCAAGCGAUGCGACGCCCGGCGGCGAGUGCUUCUAUUGCCUCGGCGAAUUCAACUUCCUCAACGACGGCAAGAAACACAAGAAGCAUGAGUGCAAGAAGCGUCAAGAAGAUUUUGCGGCCAAGCGUUUCCGACGCAACAUCACGGAGAAGUUCAAGAGCGGCCGACGUGAGGUGAGCUCCAACCUUAUCCACCAUGAGUCUGCUCAAGGGCAUGAGUCUACUGCCCAAAACCAUGAGCAAGAGCGAGAUCGUGAUGUGCGUGUCGACACCGUCGAUACAUCGGUUCCGAUCGACUCGCCGUCCAACGACGAUGACAUGGGCCUGUCGAAUGAGCUCGGUUUUAUUGAUCUCGGCAGUGCUGACGCGAUCCUGAGUGAGGAGUGA